AUGGAGACGGUGGACCGCGGGGAGGAGGCCCCCAGGGCUCCCCAGCCCGCCUACAUCCAGGUGCACUUCCACCACGAGUCAGGUCUGGCCAAGCUCCUGCUAGGUGGGUGCUCCCUGCUGCAGCCCCUCCUCCUGCCCAGGCCCCGUGCCACCUCCCGGGCCCUGGGUCGCCACCGGCUGCUGCUGACCUCCUGGGUGGUGCAGAUCGUGCUGGGGCUGCUGAGUGGGAUCCUGGGAGGAUUCCUCUAUAUCUUCUCCUCCACCACCCUGCGGAAUUCGGGAGCUCCCAUCUGGACGGGGGCUGUGGCUGUGCUGGCUGGAGCUGUCGCCUUCAUUUACGAGAAACGAGGUGGCAUCUACUGGGCCCUGCUGAGGACCCUGCUCGCCCUGGCAGCCUUCUCCACGGCUACUGCCGCCAUCAUCAUCGGGGCUGGAAGAUUCUAUGAGUACCACUUUAUUUUCUAUAAGGGCAUCUGUAAUGUCUCCUCCUCCUGGAGGCCCACCGGGGCCCCCAGCCCCUCGGGUCCAGAACUCGGGAGGCUGCAGCAGUGCACCGCUUACAUGAACAUGCUGAAGGCCCUGUUCAUAAGCAUCAAUGCCAUGCUGAUAGGGGUCUGGGUUCUACUGCUUCUGGUGUCUCUGCUGCCCCUGUGUCUGUGCUGCUGGAGAAGAUACAGACGUAAGGAGAAAAGAGACCUUCCCUUGGAAGAAACUGCCGGGAGUGAGUGA